AUAGUUAGCAGCAUAAUUUACUAUUUGCGGUAACAGAAUCGAAAUUUUCGGUCAUGUGUCAACACUUAGCCGGCUACUUGCUUUUUCCUCUGCAGCUAGCUUCAAUUUUUUUGAAUGAUCAAACUAAUAUGAAGUAUCACGGAGAGUUGCCUGCACAUAAUUUAAAUUUGAUACAGUACAAACAGUAAAAUAAAAUAGUAUUUACAUCCUUCUAAAAAGAUGGACUCUUCAAAUGGUCUCAAUUUUUAUUUUCAAAAUGCCUUCAUCUUCUUUAAAAAGUUUAAAAAUUCCCAUCAAAAAUCUUUAGAUCUCCUCGAGUCUCGUUGUCAUAAGUAUGCUUACUAAACGUCCCGGAUUCAAACCUGAAUUAAACACAGGGAAUUUCAAUGAUUUUGUGUGUUUAACAAUGCAAGGAACAUAGACAUAAGGUCGUUAGAGGAUUUUUAAUUCAAGAACAGGAAGCUUGUCAAAAUUUAUUUACUUUGCGGUUAUUGUUAAUAAUUUUUAAAUUAAUAUUUCAAUAAAAACAAACAAGACGAAGAACACGUAUUUUGAACUGACAAAACAAACAAAACUACGAAUAUAUAAAAAAUAUUUUCAAUUUAUAUCCUGCUACAACUAAAUUAGUUAAGCUCACCGGAUGUUUUUUUACUUCGCCAUGACGGAUAUCGACGGCAAUCACUUAAUUAGCACCCGUCGUGCAAUAACGAACGUCGGAAUAAGAAGAAGACGUGACGCUUAAGUCGAAUAGCGCUCCGUCGUUGGGUCAAAUGUUAAUUUAACAAGUUUCGUAUAGCUAAAACUUGAUAAAAAAGGAGAUGAAGUUUCCGUAAAAUAAUAAGUUUGUUUUUUGACAUAAUCUGACACUGUCAGGUGUCUUGAUAUUCUUACGAUAUAUCUAGGAAGGUAGGUCGAUGUACGAAGUUGUCAGCCAGGCAAAGCAUACGAAUGGAAAUGAUUUUAACAGCAAGAAUAUAAGCAUCUUUUAUUCCAGUUUCAAAUCUCUAGCUUAGUGUUGUGGGAAACUGAUUUCCUUUUUUUGCUGAUUUUGCACUAAGCCUGUCACAAUGGAUGCAGUGAAAUAUUUAUUUGCACUUAUUUUGGUGCUUUGCAUUGUGAAUGGGGAUAGCAGAUGAAAGAAAAAUAAAAAAAAAAGGCGACAAUAUCCAGUAACAUUAAACAAAACAUUAUCAACAGAACAAAUGAAGUUGGUCAAGCAGUCGUGGUUUUCUUUACUUGAAGAAAAUGAUAAAGCUGCUAAAAGAAAGUUCAGCUCGCAAGAGAAGAAACUCAAACGGAAGAUGAAGGCUUAUAAUCGAGCAAAAAAGAUCAGUUUUAUGGCUGCUGGUGUACCAGAUGUGUUAUCUGCAUUUCUGAUUGAACUGAAUGAGAAUGUGGUAAUUCAAAAGAAGACUUUUGCUUUCUUGAGAGGAUUCAAUCAUCACCGUGCUGGCACUUUUGUAAGAGGAACAGGAGUUGAUUUGGAGAAUGGUUGCUAUGCAGCACCAUAUACAGCCAUUUAUAGAUUUCAAUCAACUUUGAACAUAGCAAGACCAUUUAAGAUUGCCAGCAUGAAGCCACACAAUGCAAUUACAGGUAGGAUAUGCAUCAACGGUGCUUGCGAAGAGAAUCUGUCGCUGAAGUUUCGUUCUGGAAUUUCCACAAACUCCAAAAUCUUUACCAUAAGUGUUUCGGGAAAUCUGUAUCUCAGAAAAAUCAGUACGUAGAAGUCGUUGUGGAGAAUACGGCAAGUAAUAGAAUCACAUCCUCUCUGAUUCAACAUUUAGUGGUUGCUUGGUGGGAGCGUAAUAUUUAUAUUUAAUUUAAAAUAUUAUUUUAUUUAUUAAGAAUUUAACUUAUUAAGUAAAUAAAGGUAAACAUGAAAAAGAUAAAUAAUCCUUUUGGAAUCAUUCAAGCUCUUCAGCUCGCAAGGAUAAAAUCUCGACAAAUGUUGCGUAAGGUUAUCAUUUUUCUCCUCUUAAAUUCUUUUUCUUUUCUUUUCUCAUAGAGUUCUUA